AGUAGGAGGGUGAAAAUAGAAAUAGAAGGAAAUGAAUAUGUGCAGGGACAUGAGGAGUUCUCCAAAACUGUGAGAGAUCCAACCCCCCCAACUGAAAGGGAGGUCCCAUAUUUAUCACAUUUGACACUCUUAUCUUUCGUUCACCAUCAAAUUCAUUCACCAGAUUUGGAUCUCCUUCAUUUAAACCCUAACCAUCAUGCUCCCUCCCACUCUCUGAUCUCCAAUAUUUUUGAUUUUGAUCCCCUCUCCUCUUCAACAAUCCCGUUUUCGAAGAUGUAUAUGGCAUAUGGAUGGCCACAGGUCAUCCCUAUGGAAUCAGGGCUAUGCGCUUCUUCUCAGCAAAUUGUAUACCUCAAAAUCAUCAAUCGCUUAUUGCUUGUUGUUUCUCCUACUCAUCUUGAAUUAUGGUCCUCCUCACAGCAUAGAGUGAGAUUGGGAAAGUACAAGAGAAGCUCCGAUUCGAUUCACAAGGAAGGCGAGAAUUUGCAGGCUGUUUGGAGUCCAGAUACCAAAUUGAUCGCACUUCUUACCUCUUCCUUCUAUCUAUACAUUCUGAAGGUCCAAUUUACAGAAAGGAAAAUACAAAUUGGAGGCAAACAACCAACUGGUUUGGUUCUAGCAAGCAUAACUUUGCUCUUGAAUGAACAGGUGCCUUUUGCUAACAGCAACUUGACAAUGAGCAAUGUAGUUUGUGACAACAAACAUUUGAUAGUUGGGCUUUCUGAUGGAUCUCUGUAUAAUAUAUCCUGGAAGGGCGAGUUUUGUGGGGCCUUUGAUGCCUUUGAUCUUGAUGUUCAGCCUCGUGAUGGCAGUGGGGUUCCUAAACUAGCAAGUUCUUUAGAAAAUGGUCUUGCUUCUGGUGGGAGUUUGUCUUUUUCUAAAUUCAGUCAUCAUUCUUCGAAAAACUCUGCUGUGAUCCACUUGGAGUUUUCCUUACCCUUAAGGUUACUUGUUGUGCUAUUUUCUGAUGGACAACUGGUCUUAUGUUCUGUGAGCAAAAGAGGUCUGAAGCAAAUGGAGUCUAUUAAAGCUGAAAAGAAACUGGGCUCUGGUGAUGCUGUAUGUGCUGCAGUUGCUUCAGAUCAACAACUCCUUGCUGUUGGUACCAGAAGAGGUGUUGUUGAGUUGUAUGACAUUGCAGAAUCUGCUUCGCUUAUGCGUUCUGUGUCUCUCUAUGAUUGGGGAUAUUCAGUGGAGGAUACUGGUGCUGUCAGUUGUGUUGCAUGGACACCUGAUAAUUCUGCUUUUGCAGUUGGGUGGAAGUUAAGAGGCCUGACAGUUUGGUCUGUUUCUGGCUGUCGCUUGAUGUCCACAAUUCGUCAAAUUGGCUUAAGUUCUGCGUCUUCUCCAGUGGUAAAGCGAAAUCAGGAAUGUAAAUAUGAACCUAUGAUGAGCGGUAUCUCAUUGAUGAACUGGGAUGAAUAUGGAUACAGACUUUAUGCUAUUGAGGAAGGAUCUUCAGAGAGAAUUAUUGCAUUCUCUUUUGGAAAGUGCUGUCUGAACAGAGGAGUCUCUGGGACUACUUAUGUCCGACAAGUAAUCUAUGGGGAAGAUCGUUUGCUUGUUGUGCAGUCAGAAGAUACUGAUGAACUAAAAAUCUUGCAUCUUAGCCUACCAGUUUCCUACAUCUCUCAGAAUUGGCCAGUUCAACAUGUGGCUGCUAGCAAGGAUGGAAUGUACUUAGCAGCUGCUGGCCUUCAUGGACUUAUCUUAUAUGACAUAAGAUUGAAAAAAUGGCGAGUUUUUGGAGAUGUCACUCAGGAACAAAAGAUCCAGUGCAGAGGCUUGUUAUGGCUUGGGAAGAUUGUUGUUGUCUGCAACUAUGACGAUUCUUCUGAUGGGUAUGAAUUGCUUUUCUAUCCCAGAUAUCACCUUGAUCAAAGUUCAUUACUAUGUCGGAAACCUUUGCUUACCAAACCGAUGGUUAUGGAUGUUUACCAAGAUUAUCUACUUGUCACUUACCGACCUUUUGACGUCCAUAUUUACCAUGUGAAGUUGUCUGGUGAACUAACGCCUUCGAGUUGCCCCAAUUUACAGCUUUCUACAGUACGAGAGCUAUCAAUCAUGACUGCAAAGAGCCAUCCUGCUUCAAUGCGUUUUAUUCCUGAUCAGCUCCCAAGAGAAAGCGUUGCAGGAAAUGAUGGCCUAUCAACUUCGUUGGAUCUGUCAAUCCGAGAGCCUAUCCGAUGCUUAAUACUAAGGACAAAUGGGGAACUUUCACUUCUUGAUUUGGAUGAGGGGAGAGAAAGAGAACUCACAGACUCCGUAGAGUUGUUUUGGGUUACCUGUGGUCAGUCAGAGGAGAAAACAAGCUUGAUUGAGGAAGUUUCAUGGUUAGACUAUGGCCACCGAGGAAUGCAGGUUUGGUAUCCAUCUCCUGGUGCUGAUGCUUUUAAGCAAGAGGAUUUUUUGCAGUUGGAUCCGGAGCUGGAAUUUGAUCGCGAGGUGUAUCCUCUGGGUUUGCUGCCAAACGCUGGAGUUGUAGUUGGUGUCUCCCAGCGAAUGUCAUUUUCUGCAUGUACAGAGUUUCCAUGUUUUGAGCCUUCUGCUCAAGCUCAGACUAUUUUGCAUUGCCUUCUUCGUCAUCUUCUACAGAGGGAUAAAAAGGAAGAAGCUCUAAGACUGGCACAAUUGUCAGCAGAGAAGCCACAUUUUUCGCACUGCUUAGAGUGGCUUCUUUUUACUGUUUUUGAAGCCGACAUUUCUGGGAGCAAGAAUCAGAGUGUCAUUCCCAACCCUUCAACAAAUUCCUCACUUCUGGAUAAGACAUGUGAUUUGAUUAGAAAUUUUCCGGAGUACUUUGACGUGGUCGUUAGUGUUGCAAGAAAGACUGAUGGCCGGCAUUGGGCAGAUUUAUUUGCUGCUGCUGGGAGAUCGACUGAGCUAUUUGAGGAGUGCUUUCAAAGGAGAUGGUAUCGGACUGCCGCUUGCUAUAUACUAGUAAUUGCUAAGCUUGAAGGUCCAGCUGUAAGUCAGUAUUGUGCAUUGCGUUUGUUGCAGGCAACAUUGGAUGAAUCUUUAUACGAAUUGGCAGGGGAACUGGUGAGGUUUCUUCUCAGAUCUGGACGGGAAUAUGAACCCACAACUACUGAUUCUGAGAAACUAUCUCCUAGAUUCUUUGGAUAUUUUCUGUUUCCUUCUAGUUACCGGAGGCAAACUUUGGAGUCCAAAGGUUCAUUUAAAGAGCAGAGUGCCCAUGUUGCUUCUGUUAAGAAUAUUUUAGAAAGUCAUGCAAGCUAUUUGAUGUCUGGAAAAGAACUGUCAAAGCUCGUCGCAUUUGUGAAGGGCACACAGUUUGACCUCGUGGAAUACUUGCAGCGAGAAAGAUAUGGAAGUGCUCGUUUGGACAAUUUUGCUUCAGGUUUUGAACUUAUUGGUCAGAAGCUUCAGAUGGAAACAUUGCAAAGUCGUUUAGAUGCAGAGUUCCUUUUGUCUCAUAUGUGCUCUGUGAAGUUCAAAGAGUGGAUUGUAGUGCUGGCCACACUUUUGAGGCGGUCUGAGGUCUUGUUUGAUUUAUUUCAGCAUGACUUGCGCUUAUGGAAAGCAUAUAGCAUUACUUUAAAGACCCAUCCAUCAUUUGUUGAUUACCAGGACUUGCUUGAAAGUUUGGAUGAAAAGCUUUCAUCCGCUUCAAAUUCAGAAGAGACAUGAGCUAUCUGGAUGUAAAGAGCCUUGAACAGCUUUGCUAGAAAUGGUUAAAAGAGCUUCCAAUGAGAUCCUCUGCUUCAAGCGUUAACCGCACCAACUUGGAAUUAGCGUAAAUGUCUAUCGCUAUAUUGGGGAGGGAGUUGAGCGGCUCUGCUAAAGGCACAUGAUGAGAUUUUCCGUUGCUGUUCUGCUGUCCACGUGUGUCCUGCAGUCACUUAUUUUGUAGAUAGGCAUGUCCGUGCUAUUAGUUCUCUUUGGUUUCCAUGGUCCUGUUUCUUUUUCGUGAUUCUAGUGUGUAUCAAGUUUUAGCUUUUCCAGUAAGGGUGUGGGUGAUCGAUCGUAAUGAAAAGGGGCACCUCUUGUACGAAAGAUCUGAUUUUAUGAUAAAUAGAGAAUAGAGAAGAUUUUGUGGAUUA